CUUCAGCUUCCCCCACCCCACCCCUCAUACUACUACUGGAUACAAUCAAUCUUCCACCCCAUCUAUAUCCGCAAUAUAUAGUCGUCCUGGGCCUCAAUCUCCCCACCCCCCAAUCUCUCAACGGGUGCCCCCAAUUGAGCAUCCGUGCUCAUCAUGAAGGCCACCCCGUUGCUCAUCUCGUGGCACGAUGACAAUGCUCCUAUUUACUCGGUACAUUUCGAUCCUAAUGGUAAGGGUCGCUUAGCCACUGCUGGAAAUGACAAUAACGUCCGACUAUGGAAAGUGGAAUCAACCGGAGAGGAACGGAAGGUGUCCUACCUGAGCACGCUGGUCAAACAUACCCAAGCUGUGAAUGUCGUCCGUUUCAGCCCCAAAGGCGAGAUGCUGGCAUCUGCCGGGGAUGACGGCAAUGUCUUACUCUGGGUACCGUCGGAAUUGCAAUCACAACCGGGCUUAGGUGAAGACCGCUCGGACGACAAGGAAACCUGGCGAGUGAAGCAUAUGUGCCGUUCCUCCUCCGGGGCAGAGAUCUAUGAUCUCGCGUGGUCGCCCGACGGGGUUUUCAUUAUCACGGGCAGUAUGGACAAUAUCGCUCGGAUCUAUAACGCUCAAACGGGCCAAAUGGUGCGCCAGAUUGCUGAGCACUCGCACUACGUCCAGGGUGUGGCCUGGGAUCCGCUGAAUGAAUUUGUUGCAACACAAUCAUCCGACCGCUCGGUCCACAUCUACAGCUUGAAAACCAAAGACGGCCAAUUUACCCUCACUUCCCAUGGGAAGUUCCUCAAGAUGGAUCUCCCCGCGAAACGCAUCUCGUCGAGCAGUCCUGCGCCGCCGGAUCUAUCGAUUCGCUCUCAACCCGCACCGACCAGCUCGGCCGCCAUUGCUUCUCCCGCUCCGUCCACUCCAGGUACACCAAUGACCUCCAACUUGCCGAUGGACCCUCCCCCCGUGUCGCAUAGUCGCCGAUCCUCAUUCGGGUCCUCUCCUUCCAUCCGUCGUUCAGCAUCUCCGGCGCCAUCACUGCCGUUACCAGCUGUCAAACCGCUCGAGGUACCAUCACCCGGUUUAUUGGGUGGGCUCGGAGUCAAGAACGCCAACAUCUAUGCGAAUGAGACCUUCACCUCAUUUUUCCGGAGGUUAACCUUUGCUCCUGAUGGAAGCUUGCUAUUCACCCCGGCCGGGCAGUACAAGACGUCGCAUGUGUCAGCGACCGACUCCUCGAAAACAACGGACGAGAUCAUCAAUACCGUUUACAUCUAUACCCGUGCCGGGUUCAACAAGCCACCCAUCUCUCAUCUCCCAGGCCAUAAGAAACCAUCUGUCGCGGUCAAGUGCUCGCCAAUUUUCUAUACCCUGCGGCAGACUCCUCAGCCUGCUCGCCAUAUCACCUUAGACACCUCGUCCAUCGAAGAGUCGUUCUCUUCGCUCCCCGAUCCGGUGGUGAGUUCCGCCAAGGAUGGCGCGUCAAUGGAGCCUCCAUCUUCCACGCUUGCCGCCAAUGAUUUGGUGAAGAACAACACCGGUACCAAGGCGACGGAGCGGGACAGUCCCUCUGCGAGCCAAAGCCCUGCCCCCGUGUUCACACUGCCCUACCGAAUUGUGUAUGCGGUAGCCACCCAGGACGGAGUCUUGGUGUAUGACACCCAGCAGCAGACGCCAAUUUGCGUCGUUAGCAAUCUGCACUUUGCUACUUUCACCGAUCUGACCUGGUCGAAUGAUGGCUUGACCUUGAUGAUGAGUUCGUCCGACGGAUUUUGUUCUACGCUUGCAUUCUCGCCGGGCGAGUUAGGCCAACCAUACACUGCACCAGCGUCAGCGGCUCAUCAGAACGCAGCCGCCGUGUUAUCGGCCAAUAAUGUUCCGCUCCCUACGCCGACGACAGCGAAACCAAGUCCAGGCCCCCAAGCCAAUGCGAGCCAAGCACCCCCUGCAAGCCCUGCACGAUCUAAUUCGGUGUCCUCGGUCACGACCCAGUCUGGUAGCCAACAAACGCCAGGGACGGUGGUCAACAACCCGACACCGACUCUCGGAUCAGUCCCCCUGGUGACGGCGACUCACUCAUCCCAGCCUCCGACACUUCCGCUCACGACGCCGCCACAGACCCCUAUGCCUGUGGCCUCGCAAAGUGGGACAAGCAAUGUCAGCGCCAGUGUGCUAGGCAAACGGGUCAGUGAAUCGGAAAAGGAGGAAGACAGAGACCCGAGCGCGGCUCCGCCCGUCCAACCACCGAAGAAGCGACGAGUCGCGCCGACGCUCAUAUCAGCAGGCACCGAGCAUACCUCCGUGAAAAAGGAGUCACAUAGUACUACGGAUGUUGGAGGUUAAUCAUGCCAUCUGACAAGUAUCUUAUUCAUGAUGUUUCUUGUUAUUUCCUAUCCCCUCCGUGACUAAAGCGUAACUUCUUCCAUCCCGUUACCUCCCGUCUUCCUCUACCACCCACCACCGCCACCCUUUCAGGCGAGAUUCGGAGCGAUCCUGUCUCGCCACGACAUAUUAUCUAUCUUCCAG